AUGAAUGUUAUCGUUGCUACAUUCAAUAUGUCAGUAGUAGUUGUUGUUGAAUGCAAAAGAGGUGGAGGCAGUCGUGGUGGUGGAGGACGCGUUGGCGGUGGGCGCGCUGCUGGAGCGAUUAUUGGAAUUAUAGCGGCCUGUGGUGUAUUUAUGGUUGCCGUAGCAUGUUGUGUGGUGUUUUAUCGCCGAAGAGUGAAACGAAAAGAAGGAAAUGAGAUGACAACGUUUGUAACAUCAUCUCAAAGAAAUAAUCUACCACAAACGAUUAUAUCAACCGAUGAUGAUAACCGUAUCUCACGAGGCAACGAAUUUGAUGCUCCACCACCCUAUCACGAAGCAAUCAGACAUGUAGAUCAAUCCUGA